AUGUUCGAGGGUCCAAACGCUCUUGCUGAUACUCCUGGAAGAAACGAAAUCCAAGCAGGAGCUCCGUCGUAUCCCGCCGGCGGAGCUCAAUACCCCUUUAUGUCGGGAUGGACUACAUAUAUUGAAUACGGUCCGUCGAGCACCCUCACCACGUUUCUGCUUAUCGCUACGCUGUGUGAGGUCUACAUUAUAGCUAACAGUGUACUCUAUUAG